UUAGUGACCUCCACCCAUAGCCCAGCCCAAUACUUAACACAGGCUCGGGGUGGUUUGUUUUGGAGAAGCAGAGAGGAGCAAGCUAAAAGUCUAGCAAGCAUGGCUGGCCACAUUGUCGUGAAGAGGCUCGAGAAGCAGACGCCGCCUGAGCGUUUAUUAAAAGGCAUAGACUUUUGGAAAUGGGAAGAAGGUGACACCAUAGCUCAUAAAAUGUGCUUUAAGGUUGAUUCUGAAGGAUACUUUCUUUCUGCAACUGGGGAUGAUCCCUCCAAAAGUGCCCUUGUUUGGGAUCUUGUUGUUGUAAGUGAUGUCAGAGCUGGUAAAGUACCCAAGGAUGGUAAACUACAUGAUUUUCUGUGCACUAGUUUGGGUAUUAGUGAGUUAUCUGAAGAUUGCUGUCUGUGUUUGGUUUACAAAAUGGACGGGAUCACAAAACUCCAUUUUACCUACCUAAUGGCACUAGACACAGAGAGUGCUCAGAUUUUCAAGACCUCCAUUAACAAACUGGCACACCAUCUUCUUGACUAUCAACUCUCAGUACAUACGUACAUGAGAAAACAUUAUGUUCGAAUGUGUUUGGAGAGUAACGGUCACGGACAGCUUCCAGUCAAAGUCGUCCGAAAGCUCAUGAUGGUACCAAAGACCUCUAAAGAUAUCCUUAACUAUUUUGAGUCGGCAAAAACCAACGUCAAGGAAAAGGAUGAUGGCACACCAUACAUUGAUGUGUCAGAAUUCACCGAAGAAAUAUACAUGAACCUAAUCGAUACUUUAUUGCAAAAUAGAGGACCUGAUCUAGACGUAUUGAAGAAGGAAUGUAAAAUAAAAGCUAGGAAGCAGUAUAUUGAUGCCAAGGAGUUUGCUACUGUUUUGAAUACACAACAACGUGAUCCUCGUCUUAAUGACAUCUUGCACCCUCGACUGACUAACGAACAAGCUAUGGCACUAAUGGAUAAAUAUGGAGGAGAGAAAGAUCGGUUAACAAUGAAGGAUUUACUUCAAUAUCUCAUGAGUGAUGAUAAUAUGAUCAUCGACCCAACAGUAUUCGACCAGUGCCAGGACAUGUGGAAACCACUCAAUCACUAUUUCAUCAACAGCUCUCACAACACUUACCUCAACGGUCACCAGGUUCGGUCUGAGUCCCUCACUGAGAUGUAUGCUCAAGUAUUGCUCACUGGAUGCAGAUGUGUAGAACUUGAUUGCUGGCCUCGUGGUGAUUUCGAAGACAUUAUUAUCACACAUGGGAACACACUCUGUACUAAAGUGCCAUUCAAAGACGUGGUGGAGACUAUUAAUGAGUUUGCAUUUGCUGCCAGUGAAUACCCUCUCAUCCUCUCAAUUGAGAAUCAUUGCAACAAGUAUCCUAAACUCAUCAGCAGGAUGGCUGACAUCUUUAUCAAUGUCUUUGGAGAUAAGCUUCUCUCUGCUCCUUUUGAAGAUUGCCCUCUGGAGCCAGGCACACCACUACCGCCAGUAGAGAAACUCAAAGGGAAGAUACUAAUAAAGGACAAGGUCAGGGCACCAAAGGGAGGGACUGGGACUCUCUCAAGAGGAGCAACAAUCCAAGAUAACUCUGAAGACAUACCAGAACCAGCUGCCUCAUCACCAACCAGUAAAGAAGAGACUGUUGUGACUUCUCCUCCUCCUGUCACAGUGGUGACUGAUGAUACUCCUUCUCCUACAGCUGCUCCUCCUGUUAUUGUAGAACCACCUAAGUCCAAGGCUCCAUUGCUUACUAGACCUAGUCUAUUCAAGGGUAUGACUAUACUUGAAGACACAGACGAUGGUCCAAUCAAACAGAACAGUUUAGAGAAAAGUCCUUCUCAAGCCUCAGCUUCUUCUAGUGAGAAGAGUCCACCUACCACUGAUGAGCACAAGAAAACUGAAGGAGGAGGAGAAGGUGGACAGCAGCAAGAGUCAACUGCACCAGCUGAUGGAAACGCUGAAGCAAAACAACCUGGGAGCACUCCAGCAAAGAAAGAUAAUGGAGCUAGCGAUGAAGCCUCAAGAGAAGAGAAAAAGAAAUACGAGAGAGGAGAAGCUCUUGGUGCCAGUCCUUUGACAGAGCUACUCAACUAUGUUACUGCAAUGUCUUUUGGGAGCUUUGAAGCAUCCGAAAAGCUCAAUUGUCAUUACAUUAUGUCCUCCUUUGGUGAAGAGAAAGGUAUGAAUCUCAUCAAGACGAAGCCAAAAGAGUUUGUGAGGUAUAACAUAAGACAGAACAGCCGAGUAUACCCAGCUGGUGGCUCCAGAAUGAACUCCAGCAAUUACAUGCCACAGAUCUAUUGGAAUGUUGGCUGUCAAAUGGUAGCUCUUAAUUUCCAGACAUCAGACAUGCCAAUGCAAGUCAACUAUGCAAAAUUUGAAAUGAAUGGAGGGACAGGGUAUUUAUUAAAGCCAAGUGUCAUGUGCAUGGACAGAGGUUUCAAUCCGUUUGUGCAGAAGAAGAUUGACGACACUGUCCCCGCUCGUUUAUCUGUCAAGAUAAUCUCGGGAAUGUUUAUUACGUCAAAGAAGACGGAGCUGAUGGUUGAGAUUGAGAUGUACGGGCUCCCAGCUGACAUUGUGAGACGAAGAUUUACUAAAAAAAGGGCACCUGCUCCUCAUCCUUUCUGGGACGAGGACUACUUUGUGUUUAAAAGAGUAUUAUUGCCAGAGCUAGCUCUACUGCGUCUAGUAGUGUUUGACAGUGAUCACGUGUUCAUGGGCCAAAGAGUCCUACCAGUCAAUCAGUUAAGGGCUGGCUUCAGACAUGUCUCACUGAGGGACAAACACAACAAUCCUCUAGGAAUAGCCAACCUCUUCCUUCACAUUAAGAUCGAGGACUACGUACCUGAUGAGUACGAAGAUUUCGUUGCUGCCCUUGAGAACCCACUGAUGUUCGCCACUAGAGCUUUGGAGCAACUGGCAAUGGGAACUGAUGCCGAGGAAGACGAAUUUAAAGAUGCAGCUGAAACUGAGCAGUCAGGGGAGUCUAACAUUAGAAAAGGGAGUGCCCCUGAGAUCACUCCUACUAUUAAUACACCCGAUGGUCCUAUACCUGAGCAGAAAAGAAAAGGAUCGGCUGCUCCUCCGGAAAUUCAAGUUAAAUCUGCUCAAAAUUUUGCAAAACCAAGAGGCUCACUUGUUCCCACGACUGGUAAUGAUACCCUCAAAAAGAUGGGCACUAAAUCUGCCACUAUGCCCUCAUUCCAAGGUGAAACUCUUUCUUGCCUAAUGGAAGCAAAAGGAAGGGAAAAACUUUGUGCAGUGUCUCAUGAUUCACCAACCAUUAUUGAAAAUCCAGAUUAUCUUAAACUGAUGAAACGAUUUACUAAAGGAAAUAUUGAUUUAGCCAAUAAACACGAGAAGGCUACUAAGAAACUGCAGGCUGAUCAGUCCAAAGCAAUGGCCAAGGCGUCAAAAAAAGGAGCUGACCAAGAAAAGGAGUUGGAGGCGACUCACAAAGCUCAAUUGGCUGAUCUGGAAAAGAGUCAGAAGGAGCAAAUAAAAGCACUAGAGAGACAAUCAAAGAUGGAGCUUCAUGAAAAGCAAAAGUUCUUGCUUGGAGUGACUCAUAAUGCACAGAGAAAGGCUCUUGAGAAAAUAAAGAAAAUUGAUCUGGAUAAAGUUACGAAAGAAAUAAUUCAAGAGCUGAAACUUAAAAAGAAGGACGGAGACACUAAAAACAAGGAUUGGGGAAGAGGUGUUGAACAGGAGGUGUUUAGCACAGGAAUGCUGACUCGUUCUGAGCUGAGCAAAGUCCACGACAGAGAGAAGGAAUAUUUGGAGAAGACAGUUGUAGAGGCUGUGAAGAAAAUGGAGGAGAAACACGCAGAGGAGUUGGCAAAAUUAGAUGAAGAUGAAAACGAGAUAGAUCUUUGAAGGAGAUAUUAAAAUAUAUGGAACAAUUAUUUAGUCUAUAGUUACACUCCUAAUACACUUGCAAUUUUAGUUAUGCCCCAAAUUUCUUUCACAUACUCUUUCUUCCAUUCAGUCAUGCAUAAUGUUAUGUGAUAGUUAUUUCAUUUGUUUCUGUUGUAUUUUGUGUACAUGCAGUA